AAGUUCGCAAAAGCUUUUCCUUGGAAGCUACAAUGCAGCAACCAACGAAUGGCUGUUCGCAACACAAUGGAGCGUCCGAAGACCAUCUUCAUGCGUCUUCGUCCAACCAGCAAAAUGGCACCACAGAUAUGACAGGUGACAACAACGUUGCAGUCAACGGAGAGCUGGUGCCAAAAACCAUGGGAAAAACUGACCAGGACAUUGUCAGGCUCAUAGGCCAGCACCUCAAGACAAUAGGUCUAAAUCGGACAGCUGAUUUGCUGAUGCAAGAGUCUGGCUGCCGAUUGGAUCAUCCUGCUGCAGCAAAAUUCCGCCAGCAUGUAAUGGAUGGCGAUUGGAAUAAGGCUGACAACGACUUGAACGAGCUGAAAUCUCUUUUAGAAAGCUCUUCUCAAAGGCUCAAUGAAAUGAAAUUUCUUCUACUGGAACAAAAGUACCUUGAAUUUCUGGAGGACGGCCGGCUGUACGAUGCUCUGCAUGUGUUGCGCAACGAACUGACUCCUCUCCAACACAACACCGACAAGGUUCAUCAGUUGAGCAGUUUCAUGAUGUGCAGCGGCAAAGAAGAUCUAAUGUCGCGAGCGAACUGGUCGGGCAAAGGCCACAAGUCGAGGACGUUGCUCAUGGAUCGCCUGCAGGAGUUUCUUCCGCCCACAAUUAUGCUUCCACCCAGAAGACUACACACGCUGCUGACUCAGGCAGUGGAACUUCAGAAGGACCGCUGCCCCUACCACAACACCAAGAGCGAGGAGAACCUCGACACCAUUUCGCUGCUGGUCGAUCAUCACUGCUCCCGCGAUCAGUUUCCCUGCGAGACCACUCAGGUGCUGAACGACCACUGCGACGAGGUGUGGUACUGUCGAUUCUCACCGGACGGCACCAAGCUGGCGACGGGCUCGAAGGACACGACUGUGAUGAUCUGGGACGUGGACCCUGACACGAUGAGCUGUCAUCACCGCAAGACGCUGGACGGACACUCUUACGGCGUGGCCUACCUGGCCUGGUCGCCCGACAGCUCGCACCUGAUCGCCUGCGGCCCCGAGGACUGCCCCGAGCUCUGGCUGUGGAACGUCGACACCGACGAACUCAGAGUCAAGAUGCACCACUCGCCCGAGGACUCGCUCACCGCCUGCUCCUGGCAUCGCGACGGCUCCAAGUUCGUCACCGGCGGCAUUCGCGGACAGUUCUAUCAGUGUGAUUUGGAGGGGAACGUGCUGGACUCGUGGGAGGGAGUGCGCGUGAACUGCCUGUGGUGCCGGUCGGACGGCAAGACGGUGUUGGCCGCCGACACGCACCACCGCGUCAGAUCCUACAACUUCGACGAGCUCUCUGAUGCUACUGUACUGCAGGAGGACCACCCGGUGAUGACGUUCUCGGUGAACAAGGCUGAUAGACUGGCGCUGCUCAACGUGGCAACACAGGGUGUGCACCUGUGGGACCUGCGCGACAAGUGCCUACUGCGCAAGUUCCAGGGCGUCACCCAAGGCCACUUCACCAUUCACAGCUGCUUCGGUGGCGCCAACCAGGACUUUGUCGCUAGCGGCAGCGAAGACAACAAAGUGUACGUGUGGCACAUAAAGCGCGAGCUGCCGAUAGCGACUCUGUCGGGGCACACGCGCACUGUCAACUGUGUGUCAUGGAACCCGGUGCACCACCACAUGCUCGCCUCUGUGUCCGACGACUGCACCGUACGCAUCUGGGGGCCCUCCUCCUCGUCCUCCUCCACCUCACCACCUCCAGCCGCCGCCAACUUCAAACCUGGCUGUACACCGGAAGACUCGUCGACGUCUUCGAACGGAAGUGUGUGGCACGACAUGCUGUCAUAGUAGAUGCUUCUCUCUCCCUCUCACUCUCACCGGGCUGCAGCCACUUCACAAGCUGUCUCUUCUUCUUCUUCUUCCAAUUCCUUCAAUUUCUUCUUCUGUCUCAGAUCUUCUUCAGCUCGCCCUUCAAAUUUCACAGCAGCUACUGGCAUCACUUUUUGAAGCCUGCUACCGAUAUUUUACUACUUUCUGUUAUAAAGUAAAUGAUGAAUUGUUUGAAAGAAUUAUUCAAUUACUUAACGAUAAUGAAGUUUUGUUUCAAUUAUUAUGACUUUUGGUAUGAAACUCAGUGGUAUUCCCAGUAGAUACAUUGUAAGAGGAAAAAAUAAAAUCCUAUGAAAACAGAUAAAUUGAUAAAUUUUAUUUUCUGUUUUAAAUGAAAUCAUUCUAAAUAUUACAGUCAAGGGUUAUUCAUUGAUAUAUUCAAUAUUGUGUUGAAUAAAAUAGAAAAAAUGGGGGAAUAAUUAUUUGGUUAUCUGACUAUUAAAUUGAUAUAUUCUUAUCUAAUAUUCUUAUUAAUUUUAUUUUUUCAUAUUACUGUUAUGACUUAAAAAUUCAUAUAAAUCGAAAUCUUAGUUAACAAAGAUAACUUGAAUGGCAAAUAAAUUCAGUCAAUGUACUAUUAAUGUCAUUUUAGGUCCUUUGAUGUGACUACAUACUACAUCUUGUGGGGUAUACGGAAUCGCCAAAUAAAUAUAUAUUACAAUGUAUUUAAUGCUAAUAAGCUUCUUCAUUUGGCUUCAUUCCUGGUCAAGACUAAUAAAUUGAUUAAAAAUCAAAUUAACUAAAUUUCAGUUGAUAAAGAUAAAUUAAAUGUAUCUAGUGUGUGUUAUUAUCAAUUUCAAUUACAAAUAAUCUUUAAUUGAAAAUCUCAUAUAUCAACUCAUUUAUUUUUUGAUUUACAACAAACAACACUUGCAAUACAUUGAUGAUUCAAGUUAAAUUUGAGAUCAGUACAUAGAAAUGCACAGUGACUUAUCUAUCAAUUAUGAAUGUAUUAUUAUUAUUAUAUAACGAGAAAGUAUUGAGAAUUGAUAAUUAAGUUGUCAUUUGAGAAUAGAAAAUUUGUGAAGCUAUGUCAUUCUUGUAAAUUUCUCAUUUAUUGUUUCUUUCCUGCAUCUUGUAUUUCCAGUUGAGGGUUUGUUCCAAUCUUUUCAAGCGUGAAAAAUCUCAAUUUCAUAAAUGAAUUAAAAUCGCAUUCAAAAUAUUUUCUAGCAUGCCCCUGUUUUCAAAGUCUCAAGAUUGAAUUAAGCUAAUUUAGCUUGAAAAUUGAAUCUGUUUUGCAAGGCUAUUCUGGAUGCUAACUUAUCUAUUAAGUAAAUUACUGAUUACGUCUGCCAUAUUUCUUAUGAUUUGAUUACAAAUCAAGCUACAGUAUAGUCGAAUUAAUAAACAGAUAAAUCUGAAAAUCAUCCCAUUUUAUCUCAUCUACUCACAUUGUAAUUGGUUACUCCUAGUAUUUACAAUUUCUGAAUUCGAGUUGAAUCUAAAAUAAUUUGUCAAAAAGUUUUAGUCGUGGUCUUUACCGCUCAAUGUAAAUUUGCUUCAAAAUCCAUGUUGUAGUUUUAUUUUUGCAUCUGCAAAAUAGUUAAAAAUGCUACAUGAUAAAUAAUAACCC